AUGCCCCCAGGAAAAGUGGACUAUUCCCUGAAGACUGACUUAGAGAGUAUCCGAUAUUCUACAAAGCGCGUUCUUCAAGACUUCCAGGGCGACGGUGUAAAAUACCUUGAACUGAGAACUACACCCCGGGAAAUUCAAGAACAGGGAAUCUCAAAGGAGCUAUAUGUCUCCACAGUGCUUGAUGUUAUAGAUGAUUUUAAGAACGAGGCUAUGUCGACCUACCUCAUCCUAUCUAUCGACCGCACAAAGUCAGCCGCUGAAGCGGAGAUUCUUGUUGAUCUUGCUAUCAAAUUCAAAGACCGCGGGGUCGUUGGUGUUGAGCUUGGCGGCAACCCCUCGAAGGGUGAUGUAUCCAUCUUUAAAGGUGCAUUUUCAAAAGCAAAACAAAAUGGCUUAGGUGUUACUUUGCACUUUGCAGAGGUAGAGUUCUCAUCUUCACCCAAGGAACUCACCACGCUACUUUCCUUCCAGCCUGAUAGACUUGGUCAUGUCAUCAAUGUACCGGAUGAUAUAAAGGAAGAAAUUUCUCGUCGCAAAAUAGGACUUGAACUCUGUCUAUCGUGUAAUGUGCACGCGAAGCUAAUCACAGGAGAUUACCCGGAUCAUCAUUUUGGCUAUUGGAGACACAAGGACUGCCCAAUUAUCCUCUGCGUUGCUGACAUGAGAACAUUGCAGACUGAUGAUGUCGGUUUCUUCUGUAGCCCAGUCUCCGACGAGUACCUACUAGCAGCCACAAACUUCAACCUUGACCAGUCCGCAUUACUUAACAUCUGCAGGAAAGGGGUUGAUAGUAUUUUUGGUGGGCCUCGGGAAAAGGAGAGACUGUACUCCUUAAUUGACAAGUUUGAAGACAAGCUUCAAUAG